AGGCAUCCAUCUGGCAGAAAUGCAGUACAAAUUAUUCCUCCUGCUAAUUGUUGCCCCAUUGUUAUGCAACACUUUUCCAACACAGCCCAAAGAUAUCUGUCUACAUCAGAAAGAUACUGGAUUUUGCCAUGUAAAUAGCAUAACGAAGUAUUACUACGAUAAUCGGCAAAAGAAAUGCUUAACUUACAAAGAUCGCUGUGGCACGAGCAAAAACCGUUUUGACUCUUAUGAUCAAUGCUAUAAACAAUGCAGUCACCUCAUGAACACGCAUUAAUUAUCAAAUGAACACGAGCGCUUUUCGUCUCUAAUACAGUGUCAAAUAUAUUAUGCAUCUAGUUAAAUUA